CCCGCCCCGUUUCCGUUGCCGCAGCUCCACGGGCAGGAGGCCGCCGGGAACCCCCUGAGCGCCGAGCCGAGCCAGCCGGCGGCCAGCGUGGACCUGGACUUCCUGGAGGAUGACAUCCUGGGCUCGCCCUCGGGCGCCGGCGCCGAGCAGCCGUGCGACAUCCUGCGCCAGAGCCUGCAGGAGGCCAACAUCACCGAGCAGACCCUGGAGGCCGAGGCCGAGCUGGACCUGGGCUCCUUCCAGCUGCCCGCCCUGCAGCCCGUGGUGCAGGCGGCCGACGGCGCCCCCCAGCUCUUCCCCGGCGGCGGCGACCUGCUGGGCAUCCAACCCCCCGCCGUGCUGGCCCACCAGGCCCUGGUGCCGCAGCCGGUGGGCGCCGCCGACGUGGUCAACAAGGCCAUCAGCGUGCAGCCCUUCCUGCAGCAGGUGGGGCUGGGCAACGUCACCAUCCAGCCCCUGCCCAACCUGCCGGGGCUCCCCAACGGCUCCCCCGGCGGCGCGCUGGGCCUGGGGCCCAUCCAGGUGGUGGGCCAGCAGGUGAUGGCCAUCAACCAGCCGGCGGCGCCGCAGCUGCUGGCCAAGCCGGCGCCGGUGGCGGCCGUGGGGGGCUACAUCGCCCAGCCCGAGGCGGCGCUGGCGGCGCCCUCCUCGCAGGGGGGGCCGGGCCUGGUGAUCCAGAAGAGCCUCCCGGCCGCCGUGGCCGCCACCACCGCCCUCAACGGCAACUCGGUGUUCGGCGGCGUCUCGCCGGCGCCGGCGCCGCUCACCGUCACCUCGGGGCUGGGCGGCUCGCUGGUGCCGGCACCCAACGUCAUCAUCCACCGCACGCCCACGCCCAUCCAGCCCAAGCCCGCCGGGCAGGUGUUGCCCCAGAAGCUCUACCAGAUCACGCCCAAACCCUUCGCCGCCGCCGCCGCCGCCGCCCAACAGCAGCAGCAGCAACAAGCGCAACAACAACAACCGCAGCAACAGCAGAACUUGACCUUCAUGGCCGGCAAAGCCGCGCCCAACGUGGUGCUCUCGGGCUUCCCCCCCAACGUCUUCAAGCCCCCGGGGGCGCCCCAGGCGGCGGCGGCGGCGGCGCUGGGCAAGCCCAUGAGCGUGCACGUGCUCAACCAGGCCGGCAGCAUCGUCAUCCCGGCCCAGCACUUCCAGGGCCAGAACCAGUUCCUGCUGCCGGGCCAGCUGGCCCAGCCGCUCUCAGCGCUGCCCGCCGGCGUGGGGGGCCAGAUCCUGGCGGCCCCUCACGGCGCCGGCCUCCUGGCCGGCCAGGGCGCGGCCGGGGCGCAGCUGAUCGCCAACCAGGCGCUGCCGGCGCAGAUCCUCACCAACCAGAACCUGGCGGGCCAGCUCAACCUGGGGCCGGUGCUGACGUCGCCCAACGCCCACGGCACCGCCCACAUCCUGUCGGCGGCGCCCAUCCAGCUGCAGCCGGGCCAGGUGGGGCAGCCGGCGCUCUUCCAGAUGCCGGUGUCGCUGGCGGGGACGCUGCCCAGCCAGAGCCAGGCGGCGGCGGCGGCGGCGGCGGCGCCCACGGUGAUCCAGGGGGUGACCUUGGCCAACCAGGUGAUGCUCAACGCCGGCGACGGGCUGGGCGCGGCCGUCAGCAUCCAGGCGGCCCCCAGCGCCGCCGCC